CUGGAAUUGGGGAGCAGAGYGAGUCCCUGAGUGCCUGGCAAGGAGCAGGGAAGCUGCCCGGCUCSUGUCUCUCUCCUGCUUGCUCCCUGCUCCGCAUGGGCUGCUGCACAAAGUGUUCCUUCGUGGAGAGGAGAAAACGCUUUUCUGGAGCUGUUCUUUGGCCUGUCAGCAAAGCAGAAUCCAUGGACGRCCCGUUCCUUCCACUUCAUUCAGCUCCUGCCCCAGCCACAUAAUCACAAAGAACUGGAAAUCCCGGGAUGCCCGUGGCGUUGGACACUCRCUAGCUGAGAGCUGAAGCCCGCAGCCUGUGCCCAGGAGAGCAGGAUGCGGGUCACCACGCGCCGGGUGCUGCUGCUGGUGGGCUCGCUGGUGGCCCUGAUGGUGACCCUGCACCUCGGGCAGCAGGUCCUGGAGUGCCARCAGGUCCUGAGCGAGAGGAGGCACAGGCUGAUGAGGCCAGAAAACGAGGAGCUGGUGAUGGUGGACGCCAACCACGUGGAGUACCGGUACAGCAAGGACAUGCCCCUGAUCUUCAUCGGCGGCGUCCCCCGCAGCGGCACCACGCUGAUGAGGGCCAUGCUGGACGCCCACCCUGAGGUGCGCUGCGGGGAGGAGACCCGCAUCAUCCCCCGCGUGCUGGCCAUGCGCCAGGCCUGGUCCAAGUCCGGCCGCGAGAAGAUGCGCCUGGACGAGGCGGGGGUGACGGACCAGGUGCUGGAYGCGGCCAUGCAGGCUUUCAUCCUGGAGGUGAUCGCCAAGCACGGCGAGCCCGCCAGGUACCUGUGCAACAAGGACCCCUUCACGCUCAAAUCCUCCGUGUACCUGUCCCGGCUGUUCCCCAACUCCAAGUUCCUGCUGAUGGUGCGCGACGGGCGCGCCUCGGUGCACUCCAUGAUCACGCGGAAGGUGACCAUCGCCGGCUUCGACCUCAACAGCUACCGGGACUGCCUGACCAAGUGGAACAAGGCCAUCGAGGUGAUGUACUCGCAGUGCCUGGAGAUCGGCCGCGCCCGCUGCCUGCCUGUCUACUACGAGCAGCUGGUGCUGCACCCCGAGCAGUCCAUGCACAACAUCAUGAGGUUUUUGGACAUCUCCUGGAGCGACACGGUGCUGCAYCACGAGGAGCUCAUCGGGAAGCCCGGCGGGGUGUCCCUUUCCAAGAUCGAAAGAUCGACAGACCAGGUGAUCAAACCGGUGAACAUGGAGGCUUUGUCCAAAUGGAUCGGGCACAUCCCGGGGGAUGUGCUGCAGGACAUGGCCCACAUCGCCCCGAUGCUCGCCAGGCUCGGCUACGACCCCUACGCCAACCCCCCCAACUACGGCCACCCUGACCCCCUGGUUGUCAACAACACACACAGAGUUUUAAAAGGGGAUUAUAAAACACCGGCCAAUCUCAAAGGUCACCUGCAGGUGACUCAGAACACGUCAUCUUCUCACUAAGAAAAUUAAUGAUUUCCAGAACGCUGCCGAUGGCCUGUCGUUGUCCGAGAAGGAAGAGCGUGCCGUGGGCCCCGUGGAAAUCGGUUCUCCAAGCAUAUUGCUUGCUCCUACUGUUGCCAAAUGACUGCGCUCCAGGAAUGUAUUUGCAUUUAUUUGCAAAGGCCAAACGUGCUCCACGGCGGGAACGUCGCCGGCCUCUCCCAGCGCUCCGUGGGGAAAUCAGCUGUGGAAAUCCGGACUCAGGGGAGGGCUGGAGGACUCCUUACAUCGCCUUUGUGUCUCUCACGAUCUGUUCCCCGUUCCCGGGGUCGGGAGCAGCCCAUCCAUCCCUGCUGUACUCCUGGGAUCGGGAAGAGCCACCCUGGUCCUGCUGUUCCCAAUUCCCAGGGUCAGGAACGACCCCCCUGGCCCUGCAGAGCCUUUGUGGUGCGUGUGCCCCCUCCCUCCCCUCACCCCAACCCUGCAGAGGCUAUUGCAGAGUUAAUAUAUGCCCCUCUCCCUACCCUCGGUGUCGGACACCAUUAAAGUGUUG